AUGACCUCUGAUGGGACUUCAACUAAGUACCUGUAUCACUUCGAAAUUGUCGACUAUGUCGUAUUUGCCUCCAUGUUGGUGCUAUCAGCCCUUACAGGGUUAUAUUUUGGAUGUAGGAGUAAAUAUUGCAAAAGCAAGGAAGACCAAACACUUAGCGAAUACUUGACAGGCAAUAGAAAUCUUAAACCAUUUCCGGUAGCAUUAAGCUUGAUAGCCAGUUACGUCUCCGGAGUAACAAUUUUGGGUACGCCGUCCGAGGUAUACAACUUUGGAACUCAAUACUGGUUCAUAGUAAUUGCCAUUUGGAUAAGUGGGCUUGUUGUUUCUGUAGUUUACCUUCCAGUAUUUUUAAAACUCCAAGUGAGCUCUUCUUAUGAGUACCUGGAGUUGAGAUUUAAUAGAGUAGUAAGAACGAUAGCAUCAGUAUUUUUUGUUUUGGAUGAGGUGAUGUUUUUGCCAAUUGUUAUUUAUGUUCCUUCCUUAGCAUUUAAUCAAGUUACUGGGAUUGAUAUCCAUCUAAUUGGCACGAUCGUGGCUGUAGUUUGUGUUUUCUAUACCUUUUUGGGAGGAUUGAAAGCCGUUGUGUGGACAGACUCUUGGCAAGUUAUUGCUAUGUUCAUAUCAGUCAUAGUCGUUGUAAUACUAGGCACAGUCAGCAUAGGAGGUCCAAGUGUUAUAAUACAUUUGACAAGCAAAGGCGGACGCUUUCAGUUUUUCAAUUUUAGCCCUAGCCUAUAUGAGAGAUAUUCCGUAUUCAGUGUUGUUAUAGGAGGUUUUACCUAUUGGACAUGUUUCAACUCCGUGAAUCAAACUAUGGUACAAAGAUAUCUCUCAUUGCCAACUCCGAGACAAUCAAAAAUGGCUUUACUACUGUUCACAAUAGGCGUAUCAGUAUUUGUAUGGGUCUGUUGCUAUACGGGAAUUUUGGUAUAUGCCAGUUAUUAUGGAUGUGAUCCUUCAGCUAUGGGCCGUAUAAAGGCUGACGAUCAAAUUUUGCCUCUCUUUGUUAUGGAGACAGUUGGGCAUUUGAGAGGUGUCCCUGGUUUGUUCAUUGCUGGUGUUUUUGGGGCUGCCUUAAGCUCUCUCUCUGUCAUACUCAACUCAACCGCACAAGUGUUCCUUGAAGAUUUCGUGUAUGGCUGCUUGCGAAUACAGCUCAACGAAAGGACUGGAAAGAUUCUGGUCAAAACUGUUGUUCUAGUACUUGGGUCAGUAGCUGUGGCAUUUCUAUACGUUGUGGAACACUUGGGAGGGGUUCUGCCGUUGGCCUCAGCACUUUCAAGUAUAGCGGCGGGUACAACAUGCGGUGUGUUCACAUUAGGAAUGCUGGUACCGUGGUCAAACUCAAAAGGUGCCGUCGUAGGCGCAAUAAGUGGUGCAGUCAUGUCAGGAAUAGUAUCUUUUGGACAACAGUACGUAGCAGCUGCAAAGUUGGUCGUACCGCACAAACUGUCCGUCAUAGCUGAGGACUGGUGCUACGACAAGUAUGGAAUGGAGGCUUCCAGAAAUCAGACUGUUAUUCCGGAGGACUACCCGGAUGAAUCACACAUAUUUCCCCUCUUCCGUCUUUCCUUCCUGUGGAUCACUCCAGUAGGUGUCUUAACAGUGUUAAUAGUAGGCUCGUUGGUCAGCCUGCUCACGGGAAGAAGGAAUCUGAAAACCCUGGAUCCCGACCUGAUUUCGCCGGUGGCUCAAUGGAUGCUACCUGCAGAAGCUCAACAAUACGCGGGGUCGACUAGUAAGAAAUUUGCAAGAGCCAGAGAGGCGAUGGAGAAUGAGAGAAUGAUGACUAUUUCGUCUAUAAGUAACUGAUCUGCAAUAAAUAUUUUGUUAAAUAAUUAUUGUGUUAUUAUUUCGGGUAAACUUCAUUAAGUCUAUAGGAGGCAAAGAUGCAGAAUACUUUGGAAAACGCCAUGUUCACCGAUGAAUUGGGAACUUUUUCUUUGGUUGCUCACAGAAACAACGUUUGCGUCAACUUCAUGAAAGCCUAGCUAUGUAUGUAAAUUGAUUUUAAGUCUGUACCUCAGAGCCAUACUACUCCAUUUUGCCUAAAAUAAGUUUUAUGUGUUAAGUUCGUGAUAAUAUCUUGAGUGUUGAUUCGCUACGUACAGCGUCCACCUACCUGUAAAAAUAAGAAAGUUACGACUUCAUAAAUUACAUUACAAUACAAUAGAAGAUAAAUAUUCCAAUUGCAAUUAUUCCAAAACUACUUAUUUGGAAUUAACCUAGUAUGGCUUUGAGGUCCAG